AUGGAAAAUGCCAAGAGGUACAUAGAGGAUAGACUGGAAAAGUAUAAGAUAAAAAUAGAUGUGGACUCGGUGAUUGAGGAGCUUACAUUGUCGAACAAGAUAAACGAGUUCAUGCCUCCAAGUUCUGUAUACAGUGUACUUUUGAUGCAUCUAGGGAAGAAGGAUGAGGUGUACAGGUCGAUUCUCAACGGGGAAUAUCUAUUUGACAUUGAAGCAGUCCUCAGGGACAAGGAAUCCCUAUACAGCAGCGAGAAGCUUAAGGAGGAUGUGAUUCGGAUCUAUGGAGAUCGGAUGAGAUAUGUCUAUGUUAAUACCUCUGAAGGCAAGCAUUUUAUUGGGAUCAAGCUCAGCAACAGAGGAUACAGUCCUGUACCGAAUUAUAACGGGCCCGAGAGCACUAUUCCUUACUUCCUGCUAGUGAAUGGACUGAAGGGAUUCAAGGCGGAUGACUUUGUGUGGAAUGAGAUAGUGUUUGGGAUCAAGCUGAUGGGAGACGAGUAUUCAAAAUAUGUUGAGAUUCUUGAGCACAUCAAGAAGAUAAGACUUCCCGUGGAAAUUAUCGACAGUGGUACAAUGCAUAUGAGCACCUCGGUUACAAACAUCCACGAGUGCUAUUUACAUUGCGGAUCGUAUGCAAACUGGCCGCAGGAUCAGGAUGCACUUAACUGUGCAAAGACAGCUCUCUAUUGCUUGAUCUAUAAGAAGAGCAAGUACCGAUGUGCGAUUGGGUAUAGCCAUGUUCUCUUGAAGUACCGAGGAUCGUACUUCAAAUUUAAGAUUAUGAUAAAAGGAGACCGAAAGGCGGAAUUUAGAAUUAACGAGCGGAUAUCUGAAAUUAUGAGCGAGCAGUCUGAUGUGGUUAAGAAAAAUACGAUGAUUACCAAGAUUUUUCUAGACAGCCAUGGAUAUUUUCCUGUGUACUUUGACGACAGACUUGUGGAGCUGAUAUGUCUGAUGAUUGGGAGAGAAAUAAGAUCGUUUGGAAGAUUUUUCCAAGAGUUUUUGGGACAUCGAAUCAGACUUGAGGGGUAUUCGUUCAACCUUGAGACGCUGAAAGUUACGGAGAACAAGAACAAGAGGUUUGAGGUGGUGUACCAGCAUGACAUAGUAGUUAUAAAAACCCCACCUCUGAAGAUUGUGCAAAGGCUGAACGGGCUCAAGAAAACUGUGCUAGGGCUGAAGAUUCCCCUAUUCGAUGAAAACAUGAGGCUCCAAACACAUAAGUUACUGCAGCCCACCUUCCGAGACUACGACUUUAUCCUUAGCCUUUACUCCAGAACAGGCUUUGAGGAGGUUGAGGACAAGACGGAUCCCCCGUUUCUCUUUGGAACUCCACUUAUUGAGGAGCUCUUGACACCAAGUCUUCGGAGUAAGGGAUACUUCUUCUAUUCUUCCAGACACUCUGUCCUGAUGGUCAAGGUUAAUGAAGACUGCGAUCCCGAAGAACUGCUUUAUGUUCUGCUGCUGAAGACAGGAUUUAGAUACUUCCUCAAAAACUUCUGA